UCAAAUAUUUAAGAUUUUGCGGCUUGAUUUAAGGCACGCCAAAUUUAAUCGUUUUAAGAAUAAAAGGAAUUCAAAGGAAAAGUGCGCGUUUUACUUAAAUUUGCAUGCUUUUUGAACUUUUGUUUAACUAGUUUGUGGAUUAAUUUUUAAAAUGUCUACUCGACCUCGACGCGCUGCAUCUACUAAAAAGUUGGUAAUUGAGCUCUCCGACUCGGAUGAGGAACUGAAUUCUACGGAAAACGAUGAUUAUAGGCCUCCGGAAACAAAGAGCCGCAGGAUAGAUCGAGCUGCCAAUUUCCUCGCAGACGGAACCAAGCGCCAGCGGUGGCCCACAUCCAAAAAGGCAACUACUGAGGCAGCAGCGUCAAAGAGAACGCGCGCCAGGAAAGAAAAGGAGGACGAAAAUGCUUGUCCCAAUGAGACGAAUACGGAGCCGGAGGUCAUGGCACCACCUCCAUCUAUAACCCAAUCCAGCGCCACCACUGAAAGGAGUUCCGAAGCACAAGCUCCCAAGAGAAAGCGUGCUAGAAAGGAACAAGAGAAGGAAUAUGCGGGUCCCAGCGAGACCAAUCAAGAGUCGGAGGUGCAUGACCCGCCUCCAACUAUGACCCAAUCAGAUGUAACUGUAGCAAGCUCCACCACUGGACGGAGCUCCUUCUGGGAGCGGCGCAAAGUGUGGAACAUCCAUGAGCUCCUGGCCGAAACGGAGAAUAUCCAACCGCAGGCAGCGAGGAAUAUUGUGCAGCUCUUUGAGAACGAAAAUACAAUACCUUUUAUCUGCCGCUACCGACGAGAUCUAGUGGAUCACAUAGCUCCAGAUCGCCUGAGAGACAUUCGCAACACUUACACGGAGAUCGUGGAUCUGCGCAAGAGGGCCGAAAACAUUGUCAGUCAGUUGGAGCGCGAAAAUGUCCUGAAUACGGAGAUUCGGGAAGAGUUGAUGUGCGCCAAGACCAACGAGGAACUGGAGUUCCUGUACGCCCCUUACAAGCCGGCGAGUAAGGGCACUUUGGCGGAGCGGGCCAAGGCUUUGGGACUGGAGGAAUAUGCCGAUCGUUUGCUUUAUGGCUCGGCUCCCAAAGUAAACCUCUUUGAAAUUGUCGAUCCCGGCAAUGAUGCCUUGGCCACGGAAGCACUCGUAAUGAGUGGAAUCUGCAACAUCAUUCUACAUAACAUCAGCAAAAACACAAAUGUUUUGGAAGAGAUUCGGAGACUACAAAAUGUGCAUCGGGUAUUCCUCAAGUGCAGCAAGACCAAGGAGUCCAAGUCCUCGAAAGCUAGUACAAGUAAAGCAAGCAGUAGCAGAGGAACCAGCGGCAUCGCAGACAAAAAAUUGGACAGCUCAAAGUUCGAAAACUACUUCAACUUUCAGGGUGAUAUUAAAACCAUAAAACCUCAUCAAAUGUUGGCCAUCAAUCGAGGGGAGGCCCACAAAUUUCUGAGUGUCAAAUUAGAGACAAACGAUUACCUUAAACGAGAUCUUAUGCGCUUCAUAACCGACCAGUAUAUGAACGAAGGUCUGCAGUAUCCUCUAAGAAGGGAGAUAUUUACAAAAUCCCUUGACGAGUGCUUCUCCAAGAAAUUGCAACCCUUGAUGUGCAGACAAAUACGCGCCGAUCUAAAGGAGAAGGCCCAAAAAGCUGCCAUCGAUGUGUUUGCUAAGAACCUCAAGCAACUGCUGCUAAUGUCCCCUCUUAAAGGAGAGCGCAUUCUGGGCAUCGAUCCUGGUUACACAAAUGGCUGCAAACUGGCGGUUAUAUCUGAAACGGCUGAUGUCCUGGACACGGGCGUUAUUUACCCCCAUGGUGCAAGGUCCAAUAAGCGGGCUGCAGAGCAAAAGCUGGUUCAGUUUCUUUCAGAUCACAACUGCCAAAUUAUUGCCCUCGGCAAUGGAACUGCCUGCCGGGAAACCGAGCACUGGCUGACUGACAUGUUUCAUGCGGGCAUCCUGGACAGCAGAAGCAUUCGCUACAGCAUCGUUAACGAGAAUGGUGCUUCCGUUUACUCUUGCAGCGACGUGGCCACCAAGGAAUUUCCCAAAAUGGAUACAAACGAAAGGAGUGCAGUAUCUAUAGCGCGUCGUCUAAACGAUCCGCUGAGUGAGUAUGUGAAGAUAGAACCGCGACAUUUGGGUGUGGGCAUGUACCAGCACGAUGUGUCCGAGAAGACUCUCACAGAAUCGCUGAAGGACGUCGUCUCUGAAUGCGUCAGUUAUGUGGGCGUGGACCUCAACACCGCCAGUCUCAGUGUGCUCAAACACAUUGCUGGUCUGUCGGAGAAGAAGGCCGAGAAGAUCAUUGAGUAUCGGACGCAGAAGGGACCCUUUCAGACCCGCAAGGAUCUGCUUUCGGUGCGAACCAUAGGCGAAAAAUCAUUUGUUCAGUGCGCCGGUUUUGUGCGCAUUGAACCAUUGAGCACGGGAGGAAGACUACAGAACCCUUUGGACUGCACCUGGGUUCACCCUGAGAGCUAUAAAGUGGCGGAAAGUAUCGUGGGAGAAUGUGACUUGAAACUGACGGACAUUGGCAAGGCCGGCUUUAUAGCCCGCAUCAAGGAGUUUGCCGCGUCCCAAUCUAAACUCGAUCGCAUAGCCAAACAACACAAAUUGCCCAUGGAGCGGCUGGAAUUCCUCUUAGUUGCCCUGCAGCGCGAAUUGCUUCAGGAUUAUCGAGCUGAUCUCGACAAGAGGCCACUUUUUAAACAAGGCCUAACACGGUUGGAUGAUCUCAGCAUAGGCGAAGUGGUUACGGGUGCCGUCACCAACGUAACGCAGUUCGGCGCCUUCGUAGAUGUCGGAGUGGAACGCGAUGGCCUAAUACACAAGAGCCACAUGAACAACAGCGAGCUGAGCAUCGGCGAUCGCAUAGUGGCAUCGGUGGUAAAGUUGGAUCUUCAGCGUCGCCAGUUGGGAUUACGUUUGGAAAACAUGCUGGUGGAGACGGACACGUCGUUUACUUUCAAGACGGAGGAGGAUUAA